AUGAGCGACAAUACAGACAUUGAAGAGCUGGAAGGUGAUAAUAUAUCACAUAAAAUAAAGAACGCAGUCAGCUUGAUACGAAAGGCUGCUAUUCAUCGACAGUAUGGUUUGAGAAAAAGAUAUACGCAUAAAAUAAACGAAAUACGAAAUGAAGAAAAAAAUAGUGAAAUAGCAACUGAAUUGGCUACGUAUAAAGAUAAGGAUAAUGUAAUCAAUUCAGUUGAGCUACAAAGCAAUUUAAAUUAUGAUGAAGGAAUAGCUUCAUUUACUAGUAGGGAUACUAUUAAUGAAGGUUUAUUCUUAAAAGCAAAUAAAAAACUGAGAACUGAACCUUAUGUUGAGUGUGCAGAAAAUGCAGAAAAUCAAAUAAAUUUUGAGAAUCAUAAUUUGGAAAAUAUAGAUUCUGAUGCAGAUGAAAGAUCAUUAAAUAGUUCUUUUUUAUUUUUUACAGAACCUGCACAAGAGCAAUCAAAUCAAGUCUCUAUACUGAUGGGUAUAUUUGUGGCUGUUGGUGGGUUUUUGUAUGGAUAUGAUACGGGGUUGAUUAAUAGUAUUGUUGAUAUGAAUUAUGUCAAGGAAAACUUUACAAAUGAUGGGUUCUUCACUGCAAAACAAUUAUCUAUUAUAGUUUCAUUCUUAUCUCUGGGUACUUUUGGAGGUGCUUUAUUUGCACCAUUCUUAGCUGAUGUAGUAGGGAGGAAACCUCCUGUUAUCAUGAGCGCUGCAUUUAUAUUCUUGGUUGGAAACACAUUGCAGGUUGCAGCCACAGGCAUUACACUAUUAACUGUUGGAAGAGUCAUCUCAGGGGUAGCUGUUGGGAUUAUAUCUGUUGUAGUCCCAUUAUAUCAAGGUGAAGCGUCAAAAAAAUCCUUAAGAGGUGCAAUUAUUUCUACGUACCAAUGGGCAAUCACUUGGGGUCUAUUAGUUUCAAGUGCUGUUUCACAGGGUACAUAUAGAAGAAACAAUGCUUCAUCAUAUAGAAUUCCAAUUGCUUUGCAGUAUAUUUGGUCAUGUACAUUAGCUCUAGGUAUGAUAUUUUUACCUGAGAGUCCGAGAUUUUUUGUUCUUCAGGAUAAAUUAGAUAAAGCUGCUAGUUCACUGUCAUUUUUAAGAGGCGUUCCAGUUCAAGAUUCUGGUCUUCUUGAAGAGUUAGUUGAAAUAAAAGCUACAUAUGAUUAUGAGCUUUCUUUUGGGACAGCCACAUUCUGGGAUUGUUUUAAAUCUAAUAAAAGUAGACCUAAGCAAACCCUUCGAAUGUUCACAGGGAUUGCUAUCAAUGCAUUCCAACAAUUUUCUGGAAUCAAUUUUAUAUUCUAUUAUGGUGUAAAUUUUUUCUCAAGAAGUGGUAUCCCAAACAGUUAUAGAAUAUCAUUUAUAACAUAUGCUGUUAACGUCGCAUUCAAUGUUCCUGGUAUGUUCUUAGUUGAUUAUUCAGGUAGACGUACUUUGUUAAUAUAUGGGGGCAUUGUAAUGGCGGUAAGUAAUUUUGUUAUCGCUGGUGUUGGUACUGCUGUUGAUACAAUUGUUGCCGAUAAAGUGAUGGUUGCAUUUAUUUGUCUAUUUAUUGCGUCCUUCGCAUGUACAUGGGGGAGUACUGUUUGGGUUAUCUCUGCUGAACUCUAUCCAUUAGGUGUUAGAUCAAAGUGUAUGUCUAUAUGUGCAGCAUCAAACUGGCUGGUAAACUUCAUUUGUGCUUUCAUUACGCCGUACAUUGUUGAUAUAGACGGACAUACUUCUUUUGUUGGACCCAAGAUUUUUUUCUUAUGGGGUGGAUUAAACACAAUUGGUCUUCUAAUUGCAUAUUUCACGGUAUAUGAAACCAAGGGAUUAACUUUAGAAGAGAUCAAUGAAUUAUUUGAAGUUUGUCCUAGCCCUAGAAUGUCCAAAGAAUAUAAUGCAAACAUGCGCAAUAAAAGAAUUAAAGCAGAAGAAGAAAGAAGAAGAAAUUAUGAAAUACAAAUGAAUAGAAGCUCUGGUUUUAUUAGCAAUCAAGUAGGGAACAUCGAGGAACCGAACGGACUCGACGGCGUGAAUUUCAACAAUCCAAUCAGUGAAUACACAAGCACAUACACUGAUGACAUGACGAAAAUGGGCAGCAGUACAGUUUCUAAAACAAGAUUCCAAACCCAUUUAGCGACAACUUCCACGUCUACUAAUACGGAAUACGAUCACACUAAGAGCAGUUACUUUGACUUAGGUAAUGGAUUAGGAUUAAAUACACACAACCACGGACCACCGUCAUUGCCUUCAGACUCUGAAAACAGCGAUGACGAUGAUGACAUUGAAAACAGAUACGAAAUAGAUAACAAUGGAUACAACACUAGUACUAACACCACCUUUUACACCUCCGAGGAUGAAGGGAGUGAACAUGCAAGAGUUGACAAUUUUAUUGUUCAGCUUGUAAACAACACAGGGACGCCAACAUCGCCCCAUCCAUAG